AUGGAGCUGAGCCUGGAGAGCCUGGGGGGCCUGCACGGCGUGGCCCACGCGCAGGCGGGCGAGCUGCUGAGCCCCGGCCACGCGCGCUCGGCGGCGGCGCAGCACCGCGGCCUGGUGGCGCCGGGGCGUCCGGGCCUGGUGGCGGGCAUGGCGAGCCUGCUGGACGGCGGCGGCGGCGGUGGGGGCGGCGCCGGGGGAGCCGGAGCUGCGGGCGGCGCGGGUAGCGGCGCCGACUUCCGCGGGGAGCUAGCCGGUCCGCUGCACCCGGCCAUGGGCAUGGCCUGCGAGGCGCCGGGGUUGGGCGGCACUUACACGACGCUGACGCCCCUGCAGCACCUGCCACCGCUCGCCGCCGUGGCCGACAAGUUCCACCAGCACGCGGCGGCCGCGGCCGUGGCCGGAGCGCACGGCGGCCACCCCCACGCGCACCCGGCGGCCGCACCGCCCCCUCCACCCCCGCCGCAGCGCCUGGCGGCCAGCGUGAGCGGCAGCUUCACCUUGAUGCGCGACGAGCGCGCGGCGCUCGCCUCCGUAAGCCACCUCUACGGUCCCUACGGCAAGGAGCUGCCCGCCAUGGGGUCGCCGCUGUCGCCGCUGCCCAACGCGCUGCCACCGGCGCUGCACGGCGCCCCGCAGCCGCCGCCCCCGCCCCCGCCGCCCCCGCCGCUGGCCGCCUACGGCGCACCUGGCCACCUGGCUGGGGACAAGCUGCUGCCGCCCGGCGCCUUCGAGCCGCACGCCGCACUCCUGGGGCGCGCCGAGGACGCGCUGGCCCGCGGGCUGCCCGGAGGGGGCGGCGGCGCAGGCGGCGCGAGCGGCGGAGGCGCAGCAGGGCUGCUGGCGCCCCUGGGCGGGCUGGCUGCGGCCGGGGCUCACGGGCCACACGCGGGCGGUGGCGGUGGUCCGGGCAGCGGCAGCAACGGCGGCGGCCCGGGCGCGGGCGCGGCGGCCGAGGAGAUUAAUACCAAGGAAGUGGCUCAGCGCAUCACGGCCGAGCUGAAGCGCUAUAGUAUCCCGCAGGCCAUCUUCGCGCAGCGCAUCCUGUGCCGCUCGCAGGGCACCCUCUCCGACCUGCUGCGCAACCCCAAGCCCUGGAGCAAGCUCAAGUCGGGCCGAGAGACCUUCCGCAGGAUGUGGAAGUGGCUGCAGGAGCCUGAGUUCCAGCGCAUGUCGGCGCUACGCCUUGCAGCCUGCAAGCGCAAAGAGCAGGAGCAGCAGAAGGAGCGCGCGCUGCAGCCCAAGAAGCAGCGGUUGGUGUUCACCGACCUGCAGCGGCGCACGCUGAUCGCCAUCUUCAAGGAGAACAAGCGGCCGUCCAAAGAAAUGCAGCUCACCAUCUCGCAGCAGCUCGGCCUGGAGCUCAACACCGUGAGCAACUUCUUCAUGAACGCGCGGCGCCGCUGCGUCAACCGCUGGGCCGACGAGCCGGGCGCGACGUCCGCAGGCCCCGCCGCUGCCGCCGCUGCCACCUUCUCCAAGGCCUGA